AUCACACCGUCCUUGCUGGAACGCUAUCGCCUUAACAGGCGGAUUUCUUGUAUAUGUGCGCGCUUAAUAUCACGAACCGUGGGGAUUUUAGAAGGUAACAGCCGGUACCGAAACGUAUAAAUUCCAGCAUCGGCACAGCUGUGAUAUCUGACUUGUCACAGCAUCUCUUCUCUCCCUGUACCCGUAUCCCUGCACGCCAGACAAUGGCCACUGUGCCCAUUGUUCGCUCAGAAAGGCAAUCUCAAAUCGACAAUUUCACCUCAAGUCAGAUUUCCUUCCAUCCUUUGACGAGGAUCAUGGCCCUCGAUACGGCUUCGUGCUUUGCUCAGCGCGUGCCCAACGAAUUACUCUCAUACAUCUUCCUCUCUGCCUUCCACCAAGCCAACGCGAUACACCUCUCACAUGUCUGCUCGCGUUGGCGAAAUGUCGCGCUUUCUACAGGUAGUUUAUGGACGGAUAUUACCAUCACAUUCCCCACAUCCGUCGGGCAGCUUUCAUGCGCUCUAACGUGUCUCCGCCGUUCCAAGGUCUAUCCGCUUGAUCUGUAUCUGGAUUUUCGUGACCCCGCUUGGGACUGGGAUGAGCAUUCACACGGGUUUGGGUCAGAGGACAUGGAGACGGUGUUAGGCCUUCUCCUGCCGCACGCGAACCGAUGGAAGUCCGUGAACCUCCUGACGGAUACAUGGGCGCCGAUGUGGACAUUUUUGAAAGAGACUCAGCGCGUAGAAAUGCCGACCCUGAGAUCGGUGAAAUUGUCGCGGUGCAACGCGUAUUUUGUGGGAAAAGGGGAAACCUUCGAGCCGGCAGGGUUGAGGGAGCCGCUGCGGCUUUUUGGGGGCCAGGAGAUGGGAACGUUGAGGGAGGUGGGACUUGUGGGAGUGCAUGUCGACUGGGCUGGAUCGGGUCUUAGGAAUUUGUUGGACUUGGAGCUCAAGUACCAUGCGAGCGACGUUAUGCCGACUUUCCAGGAGUUUAAAGCCAUUAUGGAAGGAUGUCCAGACCUGAAAUAUCUCUCCAUUGUGGGGUGGGGACCUAGGUUCGACAGUCCUCCGAUACUGGAUUCCAGCGCGACACUCAUUCGCUUGCCUAACCUGAUUCGGUUCUCUUUCGGUUUCGUGGACACGGAAUAUGCGAUCCGGUUGCUGGAACAUAUGGUACUACCGGUUCUAAUGGAACUGGCCCUGGAGGAUGUGUCAAGGAGCUUGAGCUUCUACGACGCCGAGAGUCUGCCGGAUGUCAAGGCUCUUCUGGAAUGGUUUACGGGAGACCACGAUGCUAUUCCAUGUAGUAGGCUCUUGACGCUGGAACUACAUGGAAUUCGUUGCUGCGACAGUGAUACAUUGCGAAGAUUUUUCUGCAAGUUUCUGAUGGUGGGGAGAAUAUCUCUAUCCGAUGCGGAUGUGGUGUUGCUGGAAGCGCUGAAACCCGGUACAUUGACACCCUGUCCGGCGCUUACAGAAAUAUCCUGCCGAAGGGUCGAUUUUUCCAAGCUCUCAGAAUUAGUAGGCGCGCGAGCUUCAAGUUCGGACGUCUCGUCAUUCAAGAAUGUCCACGUUGACCUGUUCGGGGAUGAGUUUGUUGGAGAGCAGGAAAGCCUGACUAUUCAAAGAGCCAAUGCCGAUCUUUCCGUUAGCACCAUCGCUGCCUCUGAUUAAUUACCUUUUGCUCCCUUUUAUUGCUCUUAAUUUUCUCUACUUCGAAUUCGCCUUUUCCUACUGUUCUGUACCUAUAUUCGUGUUUCAUCCAUGUCCUGUAUGCGUGUGAUAUCAUUGGGACCGUUGAGUGUCUGUCCCCUUUUUGUCUCCAUCCCCUUUACCCUUCGGCGAUGCCAAACUUUCCGCCAAUGAAUUCCUUGAAAGUGAUACGAAUGUUAUCGAGUUAGGUGUUCACUGCUCGGGCCCAGAAAUGACUCAAACUUCGCGCGUGUCGUCUAUCUUGUUGAAUGGACGCUACGU